AUGUCAUCACUGUGCAUAUUGGGUUGUGGAAACCUUGGAACAGCUAUCCUGACAAGCCUACUUGAGGCCUCUGAGAAGGACAAAUCUUCUCUCAAGAUCAGCCGAUUCACUGCUUGUGUCCGCAGUGAGCAAUCCGCGAAACGAUUGCGUGACAAGUUCGCUGGGGUUGCCGAGGACCGUCUGAGAAUCUUGAGAAAUGAUAAUGCGAAUGCGGUCAAGGACUCUGAUGUGGUCCUGGUGGGAGCCGAUCCAGCCGACGUCCGCGAGCUUCUGACGCAAUCUCGCCUUGAGAGCAUCUCUCUCAAGGGAAAACUGUUCAUAAGCAUCGUCGCAGGCUGGACCACACAGGAACUUGAGGCGGCCCUCCCUGAUGGUGCUACCACCGGGCCAGAGAGGGCUCACGUUGUACGCACAUUACCUAACAUCGCGGCCACUGUUGGCCAGUCUAUAACUGCAAUUGAGGCGCCCGAUCCGAGUCUGCCUCCAGAGUUCCUUGAGGUCACGCACUCGAUCUUCAAUCACAUAGGCAAGGCAGUACAACUGCCUCCGAGGCUCCUGGAUGCAUUCACCGCGGUUGGAGGAUCCACGCCUGCGUUCUUCGCCGUCAUUGUCGACGCGUUGAUAGACUCCUCAGUUGCUGUAGGCGUACCGAGGAAAGAGGCUACAGACAUUAUUGUGCAGUCAAUGCUUGGAACAGCGACUCUCUUGCAAAGUGGGAUCCACCCAAGUAUCCUCAGAGAUCAAGGUACCUCCCCCGAGGGAUGUACAAUAGGUGGGCUUAUGGUGCUUGAGGAGGCCGGAGUACGAGGUCACAUUGGUCGGGGUCUUCGUGAAGCUGUCACUAUUGCUCGACUAAUGGGCAAGGAUCCCCAUGUGAAUGAUACUAGGCACUAG